CAAAAUACAAAGCGGACAUUCUAUGACCGGUGAUAAAAUACAAAAUAACGUUUAAAGUUUUGUUAUUCCGUGUAGUCAGUAAACAUAUAUGUUAUAAAGAACUCUCAAAAAUGCGAGUAUUAUUAACUGUACUAACUUUGAUAUCAAGUUUGAGUGGAAGUUUUGCAAUUUGGUGUUAUCAAUGCACUACAGCUACACCAGGUUGUACAGAACCAUUUGAUUGGCGUGGAGUUGGUUAUUUGGGCAAUCCUUGCCCCGACGCUGAAGAUGUUUGUGUGAAACUUAUUGAAAGAAAAGGAGCUAAGGAAAUAAUUACCAGGGAUUGCUUGAGUAAUUUCAAAGGGUUUAGAACUGACAUACCGGCUGACACAUAUGAGGGUUGCCGACAAGCAGCAAAAGAUGUAAAUUUAGCAAACUUUGUCAACAAUACUGUAAAGGAAUUGGACAUUAAAAGAGAUUGGUAUGAUGAGACAAUAUGGUGUUUCUGUUUCCUUGAUCACCGUUGUAACGAUGCAACGGUUAAAUCACAUUCAAUGGCACUGUUAGCCUUGACAAGUGUAUUUGUGUUGUUAAAAAGAGCACUGUUUUGAUAUUCAUUCAUGCUGUUCAAAGCUAACUACUCAUAGUUGCUAGACUGGAACGAUAAUGGAAUACUGUGUAAGAUCCGAUUUUAUGUUAUUGAAUACUUUUAAUCAUGGAUAUUGUAAAAUAUUUGAUUACAAUUGAGUACCCAUAAAUCUUUUAUAUGAAUAAUAUAGUAUCCAUGUCGCAUAAGAAUACAGAUUUUUGUAUAAUUUGUUAGAAUUUUUUGUAAAAAUGACAUAAUAACUUUAUGAUAUUGUGGAAGAGAUUUUAAGAGGUUAAUGUGAUUUUAAGAACUACUAAGUAUUAAGUAGUCUGCUUUGUAAAAUGAAUGAAUACAUAUCACUGACAUUCUAGCAACAACUAUAGUAAUUAAGUUCUAAGUGUGAGUGAUAAAAUGUAAUAUUCCGUCCAUUAUAAUAAUUUAGUAAAUAACAAUGUUUAUUUAUAUGUGUAUAGAAAUGGUAUGAGUUGACACAGGCUGAUAUUUAAUCGGAUCUGCCUUUUUAAAGAGCAUUGAUUUGUAUUACAUAAUAAUUAUAUAUUUCAGUAAUGAUGAGAAUACUCUGUGUGAUUCAUUAUUUUGUUUAAAUGAAAUUAAUAUUAUACCUACUCUACCCUCCAUAACAGAUAUUAUGAACUAAAUGACUGAAAUUUAAAUAUAAUAAACAAUUAUUUUAAUUAUC